AUGGCGGACGGGGCGUAUGAGGCGGCGCUGCGGCUGUGGCAGGCGCUCCGGGACGAGGUCGACGACGAGAUGGUGGGCGUCAACAUGGCUGUGUGUCUGCUGUACACGGGCAACAUGGACAAGGGCCGCGAGGUGCUCGAGAGCAUGGCGGGCUCUGGCCGUUCCUCGCACACGCUGCUGUUCAACCUCAGCACCAUGUACGAGCUGUGCACGGAGAGGAACCGAGCGAUGAAGAUCAAGCUCACGGAGAAGCUGGCGGGGCUGGAUGCGACGGAGAGUGGGUGGGAGAAGACGAAUGCCGACUUUAAGCUCUGA